UCUUUCAGCUGGUCAAGCUGCUGAAACUGGGCGCCUGGGUGUCCAGAGUUGGCAGGAGUAGCUGCGCUGUUGUCCCGGCUCACCUGAAUGGACAGGGACAGGUCACUGGGGAGGCCUGAGAUCCCAGGUGUUUCCUGCCUCCUGUCCUCCCUCUUCUGAGAGGAGGCACAGCUAGACUCGGAGCCGAGACCCCAGGACCUGGUGCCGGGGGGCUGGAGGCACCAUCUGGCCCUUCCCUGGAAAAGGCUUGUGGGCACUUUCCAGGGCCAGGAUGUGGGGUCCUUCCCCAGUGACUGGUCUCGGGCCCCAGGGACCCCAGUAGAGAUGUGCCGGCCCAACACUCCUGACACGGGUGGCCGCACAGGCCCCUGGCCCCUGGCAGUUGGGGCAGGAGUAAAAUGUCUUGCUCCCUGGCCAUGUGACUAAGGCAUGGUGGGAACACCCUAGCCCUAGUUUCCUCUGGGCCCCCCGUCUGUUUGAGCACCUGCCCCCCGCCAUGACAGUGCAUGUCCCUUGCCGAUUAGGUUGUCAUAGGUAGACCAAAAAAGUUGUGUCUCUCCCCCAAAACCAGGGGAUCCACUUACAUUUGAUUUUUGAUGUUGAGGUGAGGUGUUUUUUUUUGGGGGGGGACAUGGCAGGGAUGGGGUCACACUUGGCAAUGCUCAGGAACUACUGCUCAUGCUCAGGGGACCAUAUGGGAUGCCGGGGACCGAACCCAGGUUGGCUGGUCAUGUGCAAGGUGAACGCCUUCCCCACUAUACUAUCGCUCUGGCCCCUGGAGUGCUUUUUAGUGGAAGAACAUUCCAUGUAUUUUUUUUUUCUUUUUUGGGUCACAUCCAGCAAUGCUCAGGGAUUACUCUUGUCUCUGCACUCAGGAAUUACUCCUGGCGGUGCUUGGGGGACCAUAUGGGAUGCCGGGAAUCGAACCUGGGCCGGCCGCGUGCAAAGCAAACGCCCUACCUGCUGUGCUAUCACCCCAAUUUCAUGUAUUCUUUGGUUGUUUUGUUGUCAGUUUGUUUCGCAGCCAUCCCCGGCUGUACUCUGGGCUGGCUUCUGACUCUGCAUUCAGGGAUCAUGUCUGGUGGGCUCUGGGGACCAUUGUGUGGUGACAGGAAUCGAACCUGGGUCAGCCAUGUGCAAGGUGUCUGCGAUGCCGCUGCAGAAGAAGCUCUGGGAGUCCAUGGCCAAAGGGUUGGUGCUGGGCGCGCUCUUCACCACCUUCCUGCUGCUGCUCUACUCAUACGCGGUGCCCCCGAUGCAUGCCAGCCCCGCCUCCACGACCCCGGAGGGCACAGCGUCCUGCUCCCCGGCCUCGGCUGAGCCGGAGCCGGGCCCGCCGGCCAACGGCUCGUCCCGGGGCUGCCAGCCCCGGCGCGACAUCGUGUUCAUGAAGACUCACAAGACGGCCAGCAGCACCCUCCUCAACAUCCUCUUCCGCUUCGGCCAGAAGCACGGGCUCAAGUUCGCCUUCCCCAACGGCCGCAACGACUUCGACUACCCGGCCUUCUUCGCGCGCAGCCUGGUGCAAGACUACCGGCCCGGCGCGUGCUUCAACAUCAUCUGCAACCACAUGCGCUUCCACUACGACGAGGUGCGCGGGCUGGUGCCGCCCAACGCCACCUUCAUCACGGUGCUCCGCGACCCCGCGCGCCUCUUCGAGUCCUCCUUCCACUACUUCGGCUCGGUGGUGCCCUUCACGUGGAAGCUGGCGGGCGGCGACAAGCUGGCCGCCUUCCUGCAGGAGCCCGAGCGCUACUACGACCCCGCCGGCUACAACGCCCACUACCUCCACAACCUGCUCUUCUUCGACCUGGGCUACGACAGCGACCUGGACCCGGGCAGCCCGCGCGUGCAGGAGCACAUCCUGGAGGUGGAGCGGCGCUUCCACCUGGUGCUCCUGCAGGAGUACUUCGACGAGUCGCUGGUGCUGCUCAAGGAGCUGCUGUGCUGGGAGCUGGAGGACGUGCUGUACUUCAAGCUCAACGCGCGCCGCGCCUCGGCCGUGCCGCGCCUCUCGGGCGAGCUGUACCGCCGCGCCACGGCCUGGAACCAGCUCGACGCGCGCCUCUACCGCCACUUCAACGCCAGCUUCUGGCGCCGCGUGGACGCCUUCGGCCGCGCGCGCAUGGCCCGCGAGGUGGCCGCCCUGCGGCGCGCCAACGAGCGCAUGCGCCGCAUCUGCAUCGACGGCGGCCGCGCCGUGGACGCCGAGGCCAUCCAGGACUCGGCCAUGCAGCCCUGGCAGCCCCUGGGCGCCAAGUCCAUCCUGGGCUACAACCUCAAGAAGAGCAUCGGCGGGCGGCACGCGCAGCUCUGCCGCCGCAUGCUCACGCCCGAGAUCCAGUACCUGAUGGACCUGGGCGUCAACCUGUGGGUCACCCGGCUCUGGAAGUUCGUCCGCGACUUUCUGCAGUGGUGACCCGACCUCCUGACCACUCGGCAUCCCCGCCUGCCCGCCCCUUCUCCCCCACCACACACACACACACACACACACACCACCCCGCCUGCUCUCUGGAGACGGCUCCUGUCAGGGACCCCCAGGCUUCCCCUGAGCCCCUCCUGGUGCUACCCCAUCCCCACCCCCGGGGUGAGGGGGGUUGCCUUGGGGAUGCAGCCGGCCAGGACUGGAUCCACUCUCCCACCCCGUCCACACACAAGGGCCCAAGAUCAGUAUUUGACUAAUUGUACUUGUUUUGGUUUUAAAUUAAAUCCCCUGCCCUCCACCCCCCCACCUCCCCAACAGAAUGUUCUAGUUCUCCUCUUCCCCUCAAAGGGGAGACGGUGGAAGUAAAGGAAUUGAUGUGCUUUUGUUAA